CUACUGAAUGACUAUAUUUUAAACUUUUCAAUAUUUUGUCAUCUGAUUUCGAAUGAAAAUUGACCUUUAAUUAUAUAGAUUAAAGAAAAAGCAAAUUUAUUAAACAUGUCAAAAAAAACAAAAAAAGGCAAGACGACAAUGCCAUUGACCGAUUUUCUUGGAUCGGGACCUAAACUUGUUACUGUUCGUGAAAGUACUUGGGCAGCUAUUGUUGAUGAAGAAGAAGAGAAGAAAAAACCAAUAGUUGUUGAUAUGAGUGGUUUACCAACAGCACCACGUUCUGCUGUCGAUAUUGAUUAUAGUACUUUACCAAAUAAUCCACCAUUUGUUGCACAUGUUGCUAAUUUAUCAUUUGAAAUUGAUGAUGAAAGUUUAAGACGAAUCUUUGCUGAUUUAAAUCCAAAAGUAGCUCGUAUUAUGCGAGAAGGUAAUCGUAGUCGAGGUGUUGGUUUAGUUGAAUUUGAUACCCGUGAAAAUUUAAUUGAAGCAUUGAAACGAACAGAUAAAGAAAUUUAUGGACGAAAAAUUCGUAUUAAUGUUUCUGAUAAAACAGAUUUUCAUCAAUCAGAUAGUAAUCGAUCACAUUUUGGUAAUCGAUCAAAUCGAACUGGAGAAGAACGUCCAGAAAUGGCUGAUAGAUGGAAAAGAGUUGAACGAAGAUCGGAUGAAAUAUCAGAUGAUCGAUCAGAUAUGGGACAUAAUCGUGAUAGAAAUAAUCAAGGACGAUCAAGUUAUACUAGUGGUUCUCGAGAUGGUCAACGUGGAAGUGAUUAUGGAUUUGGUUAUCCACGUGGAAGAGAUGAUCGUGGUGGAGGUGGUGGUCGUGAUCAUGAUCGACCAGGUCCACGUCGUUAUAAUAAUAAUAAUAAUAAUGAUGAUGAUAAUAAUCGAUCGAGUGGUGGUAUGGAUAGACCAAGAUAUGGUGGUCGAUACAGUGAUACACAUGAUACACGUGAACGAAUUCCAUCAACUGAUGAUACUCGAGAACCACCAAAAGAACGUCCACGUCUUCAACUUCAACCACGUACAAAGCCACUUCAAGAACUUCAACCAUUAUCUGCUUCAUCUUCAUCUGUGAAUAAUGUUGCUGCAACAUCCUCUCUAUCGAAUACAGAAAAUUCUCCGUCGAUGAAUGAUAGUAAUCCUGAUGAAUAUCAACAACAAGGAUCACAUGAACCAUCCGAAGCUGGAUCAUCUAUAGAACAAUCAACAGUUAAACCAUUAGCGCCAUCACGUGGUGCUGGUGCAUCGAUAUUUGGUGGUGCAAAACCAGUAGAUACAGCUGCUAAAGAACUUGAAAUAGAAAGAAAACUAAAAGAACUUCAAUUAGCUAAUAGUGAAACAGGAGAAGAACAUACUGAAAAAGUAUCAACAUCUAGGUCAUCAUAUAAUCAUGGUCAUGAUCGAGAUACUUACCAUGGUAAACGAUCAUCAUAUAAUGAUGAACAUCGUGAUCGACGUGAUGAUGGUCGAUCAGGACAUGGUUCAGAUUAUCAUCAUAAACGAGAAUAUAGUGGCGGUCGUCGAUAUGAAGAUGAUAGUCGAAGAUCUCAUAAUGAUGAUCAACAACGUCGUGAUCGAGAUCGUUAUACAAAUCCAUCUCGGCGUGAUCAUGAUACUGGUGGUCGUACUGGAAAAUAUAAUCAUCAUAAUCAAUCAGAUCGAGAUAAUUAUCGACCACGUGAUCGUGAUACAAAUGAACAUAAUACUCAACGACGAUCAUCUGAUGAUAAUUUCAAUAGUGAACCACAAUCUAAAACACAACCACGGUAG